AUGAAGGCCCUGAUUCUGGUAGGCGGCUAUGGGACACGUCUACGACCGCUGACCCUAACGCAACCGAAACCAUUGGUGGAGUUCGCCAACAAGCCAAUGAUGCUUCAUCAGAUGGAGGCGCUGGCGGCCGUUGGCGUCGAUAUUGUGGUGUUGGCGGUGAGCUAUCGCGCCGAGCAGCUCGAGCAGGAAAUGGCGGUGCAUGCCGAUCGGCUAGGCGUCAAAUUGAUAUUCUCGCUAGAGGAAGAGCCUCUGGGAACAGCGGGACCACUAGCAUUGGCGAGAAAGCAUCUCGAAGGCGAUGAGCCGUUCUUUGUGCUUAACAGUGACGUCAUCUGCGAUUUUCCGUUCAAAAAAAUGAUCGAAUUCCAUAAAACGCAUGGUCGUGAGGGGACGAUUGCCGUCACAAAAGUCGAAGAGCCGUCGAAAUACGGUGUGGUGGUGUUCGAUGAGAAGAAUGGCAAAAUCGCCGAAUUUGUCGAGAAGCCCCAAGAAUAUGUUGGAAAUAAGAUCAACGCGGGCUUGUACAUUUUCAGUCCGGCGAUUCUCGACCGAAUUCCGCUUCGCCCGACCAGCAUUGAGAAGGAGAUAUUUCCGCAAAUGGCGUGCUCGGAGAAUCUGUUCGCCUACGUCCUGCCGGGCUUCUGGAUGGACGUUGGCCAACCGAAGGACUUCCUUAAAGGGAUGUCGCUGUUUCUUGCGCACAAGCAAGAGACCAAUCCGAAUGAGCUCAACACCGGCGCUUCAAUUCAUCCUUCGACGGCAAUCGAGGGAAAUGUUCUAGUUGACCCAACCGCGACAAUCGGCGAGAAUUGCGUCAUCGGGCCGAAUGUUGUAAUCGGGCCACGUGUUCGCAUCGAGAAAGGCAACUGCAUUCGACAAACCACGAUUCUUUCGGAUACUACGAUCAAAAGCUUCUCAUGGGUUUCUGAGAGUUUGAUUGGAAGGAAAUGCUCGAUCGGAAGUUGGGUUCGAUUCGAGAAUAAUUGUGUGAUUGGAGACGAUGUGGUUGUGAAGGAUGAGAUUUAUUUGAAUGGAGCUCGCGUUCUUCCACACAAAUCAAUAGCAUGCAAUGUUCCGGAACCCGAUAUCAUCAUGUAA